UGCAGUGGCGCCGUCAACAUCUGAGAAAACGGAAGCGAGUGUGAACUGACGUACAUGAAGACCUACGAAGACUUGUAUAUAUAUUUAUAUAUGUAUAUACUGACAUUGUACUGAAAGUACAUUUUUUCGCCUUAUAACGUCUUCUUCCAUAUCGUUAAAAAAAGCACGAUUAGUAAUGAAGCUUUAAAUUUCGCACUACAAUUGAAAAAUUAAUAAUAAGCCCAGUUAAUGAUGGUCUACCCUGAGGAGCCCUUCUGGGUUUUACCAAAUAACUUCUACGAAGAUCGUGAUUACCGAGUUAAUGUUGUGGAAGCCUUACAAGAAUUCUGGCAAAUGAAACAGUCGAGAGGAGCUGAACUUAAGAACGGAGCUCUUGUUAUUUAUGAAUCGAUACCCUCAAAUAGUCCACCGUAUGUGUGUUUUGUAACAUUGCCAGGCGGCAGUUGUUUUGGAAGUUUUCAGAAUUGCCCAACAAAAGCAGAAGCACGGCGAAGCUCAGCUAAAAUUGCAUUAAUGAAUUCAGUAUUUAAUGAGCAUCCAUCUCGCCGAAUAAGCGAUGAGUUUAUCGAAAAAGCUGUCCAAGAUGCCCAAGCUUCAUUUAAAGGAACGCCACAAAACAGUGAAGGACAAGAGUCUGGCAUUGCAGCAUUCAGAUUUAUGCUGGAAGCCAAUAAGGGCAGAACAAUGCUGGAAUUUCAAGAAUUGAUGACCGUAUUUCAACUACUACACUGGAAUGGAUCAUUGAAGGCAAUGCGAGAGCGUCAGUGCUCUAGACAAGAGGUAGUGGCCCAUUAUUCGAAUCGUAGUUUGGAUGAUGAAAUGCGUGCACAAAUGGCUUUGGAUUGGAUAGCUCGCGAACACGAAAAUCCCGGAGUCCUGCGGAGGGAGUUACUUCUGGCAGAACGGGAGCUUGACUCUUCCCGAAUGGCUGGUCGAGAAUUGCGUUUUCCCAAGGAAAAGAAAGACAUAUUAAUCAUAGCUCAUAACCAAUUAGGUGGUAGCAAUUUGGGCACCACAUCCAUCGACAAUUGAUUAACAAGGCAUUCUAAACUGGAAACAAAUCAUUAUUAUUUUAUUUUUUUUUUAAUCAUGUGAAUUUUAUAACAAGACAUAUUAACCCUCAUUAGACCAAUGAGUCUUACCGUUUAUCUAUUGGCCAAUCAUAUGAUCUCGAAGUUCUAUUCGAUCCAUGCAAAAACAGAAAAAGAACAAUUAAGACCCUUUUAGACUUUGUCUCUGCUUUCUUAAUUAAAAAAAAAACUAAUACCAAUAUAUUCGGUUUCUGACAUGCGCUUAAAAGUGCAUAAAAACAGUGGAAAUUGUGAUUUUACUGCAUUUACAAAUUUAUUUUGCAACUUAACUUAAAUAGAAUAAUUGGAAUAUUUAUGUAUCAAAAUUGCCAGAGCGCAAAGCGCCUUGAUAUGAGGCAAAUAUCAGUUAGAUAAAUUAUUUCAUAAAAAUUAUAAAAAAACGGUCUAAUAAGGCGAAAACAAAUUAUUAUUGGAAUAAAAAAUUGAAAAAUAUUCGUACUAA